AUGGUGCGCUUCACGAGGAUGCUGGUGCCUACAGAGCUUGCUAAGCUUCAUAGGGGUUCGUUGGAGUUGGCUAGGAAGAGAGUUGAGAGUGGGGGUUCUUCCAUCUUCAAGAAGUCCCGACCGAGUUUCCCGGCUAGAGUUGCGUCAUCUUCUUCUCAAGGACCUAUCAGAAUGGAGCCUCAGAUUAAAGACCUUUGUCCGCUCAAAUUUUUCUUGGGAUUGGAGAUUGAUAUAAGGAAGAAAGGAAUUUUUGUUAAUCAAAGGAAAUAUGCCUUGGAGUUGUUAGACAGUACUGGUUUUACGCAUAGUAAACCAGUCAAGUCUCCCGUGAUUCCUUCAACAAAGCUGAGCAAAGAAAGUGGUAUUUCCCUGGCUGAUAUCACUCAAUACAGGAGACUAGUGGGAAAGUUGCUAUACCUCACUAUCACUAUACCAAAUAUCAGCUUCACCACACAGAAGUUAUCACAAUUUUUAGACUAUCCUACAGACAUUCACCUACAGGCUGCUCAUAGAGUUUUGAGAUACAUCAAAGGUGUUCCUACUCAAGGCAUGUUCUUUCCAGCAACCAACCAACUCCACCUGAAGGGGUUUUUCGAUUCAGAUUGGGCUGCGUGUCCGGAUACCAAGCGAUCAGUAUUUGGUUUCUGUAUGUUCUUGGGAUCAGCUCAAAUCUCCUGGAAAUCCAAGAAACAGUUGACUGUAUCUCGGUCUUCCUCAAAAGCUGAAUAUAGAGCCAUUGUUGCGGCCUCUUGUGAGAUACAAUGGACUAAUCACAUUGAGUUAGACUAUCACAUUAUAAGGGAAACGUUGCGGAAUGGAGUCCUCAAACUGAUACAUGUUCCCACUGCCAGCCAUCUAGCUGAUGUUUUUACUAAUCCACAUGCUCCUACUACCUUCAAUGGUUUCAUGUCCAAGCUCGGUCUAUAUAAUAUAUACGAUCCAGCUUGCAGGGGUAGUAGGAGAUGGCAGUUAGGAUUGCCAAAUCAGCGACAUAAGAACAAAGUGGAUUUUCUAAACAUGGGUAGUAAGCAUAAGGAAAUGAAAAACAACAAAGAUUAA